AUGUUCAAUUUUUACAGACAUUUUCGUCUAUGUCAAUUUCUUUUUCUUGAUCCCGGUUCUAAUAUUCUAAUGGCUCCACCGAAGCCCAAGGAGGUGGCCAAGGCGCCAGCGGCGCCUACAGGCGGAGUCGCCAAGGCCAAACGUGGCAUACCGAGGAAUUACGAUUUGGGCAACGGAGUGGUCCGUUUCUCCAAAGCUAAAAUGUUCCACAAGAAAGCCAAGUACAAGUUCAUUGGCAAGAAAAACCCUAAGGCGGAAAAGCCCAAAAAGCCCACUGUGGUUGUUAAACAAAUCGGCGGCGAAAAGAACGGUGGGACACGCACAGUGUUGUUGCGUCGCAGGAAAUCUUUCUACCCCACCCAGGACAAGAUCCCAACGCGCCCACACCACAAAACAUUCAGCAAACAUGUGCGCCGGACUAGGCCUAACUUGACUGUUGGCACAGUGUGCAUACUCCUUGCUGGCAGACAUGCAGGCAAACAUGUUGUACUUGUUGGUGUACUGCCAAGUGGUUUGCUGCUUGUGACUGGACCUUUUGCUUUCAACUCGUGCCCGCUCCGUCGCAUUCCGCAACGCUACGUCAUCGGCACUUCAACCAAGGUGGAUCUUGGAGACUUCAAACUGCCUGAACACCUGGAUGAUGAUUACUUCAAGAAGAACAAGAAGAGCACCAAACGCAGCGUUAAACGCAAGCAGGGUGAAGACAUCUUUGCCAGUAAGAAAGAGAAAUACGUGCCGUCGGAGCAGCGCAAGACUGACCAGAAGUCUGUGGACGAGGCGGUGAUCAAGGCGAUCGGAAAGCGCGAAGACAAGAAGCUGCUGCGCGGCUACCUCAAGUCGGCGUUCGGCCUGCGCUCCAGCCAGUUCCCGCACAGGAUGCGCUUC